CGCGCUGGCUCCGCGCUCCUCCCCGCCCCGGUGCGGCCCGCCAGGGAGGCGCAGGAGGUGGGACCUGCGGGCGGGAAGGCUGGGGACGCCGGCGCACGCGGAUCGGGGAUCCGGUAGAGCUCGCCACCCGUAGGAGGAGCUGGAGGGGGAGAGGAGCGCGCGGCCGGAGAACCGGAGGCAGCAGUCCCGGCCGUAGGCGCAGCGGGGAGACGGGGAGCAGCCAGGCCGGGAGGGCCCCGCUAGGAGCCGAGGCCGGAGGUCCGGGCUCACGGCCCCGCGUCCCCGCAGCUGCUGUCGCCCAGGGUCCCUGCAGCGGCGAGUGGAGGGGGAGGAGCGGCAGCUAGACGGUGGCAGCUGGAGGAGGAGCUGCGCGGCUGUCCGGUGCUCCGGGGAGAGGGCGCGCUGCCCUGGCUGAGCCGCGCUGGGAUGUCCCGCUGACCGCGGCCAUGCAGCCUUGACCGGGCACUCGGGCGCGGGGACCAGCCGCGGGGCGCGCCCUCCCGGGAAGGGGCAGCGGGCGCGGGCAGCAGGACUUCACCGCCGACUUCAGCCCCGCUGAGUGCCCAGCCGUCCACCAUGGAACCCGUGACCAAGUGGAGCCCCAAACAAGUGGUGGACUGGACUAAAGGGUUGGAUGAUUGCCUGCAGCAGUACGUCCACAAGUUCGAACGGGAGAAGAUAAAUGGAGAACAGCUGCUCCAGAUUUCCCAUCAAGAUCUUGAGGAGCUGGGUGUCACUCGGAUUGGCCACCAGGAACUUGUGUUGGAGGCUGUGGACCUUCUCUGUGCACUGAAUUAUGGCCUUGAGACCGAUAAUAUGAAGAACUUGGUUUUGAAACUGCGAGCAUCUUCCCACGACUUACAGAAUUAUAUAAGUAGCCGGCGGAAAAGUGCAACUUAUGAUGGGAACACCUCCCAUAAGCCCCCCAAUGAGUUCCUGACCUCUGUGGUGGAGCUGAUAGGUGCUGCCAAGGCCUUGUUAGCUUGGCUGGACCGGGCUCCGUUUACAGGGAUCACUGAUUUCUCAGUAGCGAAGAACAAAAUCAUUCAGCUUUGCUUGGACCUGACCACUGCAGUCCAGAAGGACUGCCUUGUAGCAGAAAUGGAGGAGAAAGUUUUAACUGUUGUCAAGGUUUUAAAUGGCAUCUGUGACAAAACAAUCCGAUCUACCACGGAUCCUGUUAUGAGCCAGUGUGCGUGUCUGGAGGAGGUUCACCUACCAAACAUUAAGCCCGGGGAAGGCCUGGGCAUGUACAUCAAAUCCACCUAUGACGGAUUGCACGUAAUUACUGGAACCACAGAAAAUUCUCCUGCAGACAGAUCUCAGAAGAUUCAUGCUGGUGAUGAAGUCAUUCAGGUGAAUCAGCAAACAGUGGUGGGAUGGCAGCUGAAAAAUUUGGUGAGAAAAUUGAGAGAGAAUCCUACAGGAGUUGUGUUACUGCUUAAAAAGCGCCCCACGAGCUCCUUCAACUUUACACCUGCUCCCCUGAAAAACCUACGAUGGAAGCCGCCUCUGGUGCAGACCUCGCCUCUGCCCACGACCACCCAGUCCCCGGACAGCACAAUGGAUGCCUCGCUAAAGAAGGAGAAGCCAGCCAUCCUGGAUCUGUAUAUUCCUCCCCCACCGGCUGUUCCCUACUCACCCCGGGAAGAGAACGGGAGUUCUGUUUACAGAGGAUUCAGUAAGUGUAAACAGCCACUGGCUGGUCCUAAAGGUUCCGAGUCUCCCAAUUCCUUCCUGGACCAGGAAAGCCGGAGACGGAGAUUCACCAUCGCUGAUUCUGAUCAGCUGCCUGGGUAUUCAGCAGAAACCAAUAUUCUGCCCACAAAAAUGAGAGAGAAAACACCAUCUUACGGCAAGCCCCGGCCUCUGUCAAUGCCUGCGGAUGCGAGCUGGAUGGGGAUCGUGGACCCCUUUGCCAGACCCCGAGGUCAUGGGAGGAAAGGCGAGGACGCCCUUUGCCGGUAUUUCAGUAACGAGCGCAUCCCCCCCAUCGUCGAGGAAAGCUCGCCGUCCCCGUACCGGUUCUCCAGGCCCACGACCGAGAGGCAGCUGGUCCGAGGCGCAGACUACAUCCGAGGCAGCCGGUGCUACAUCAGUUCAGAUCUCCACAGCAGCGCCACAAUUCCAUUCCAGGAGGAGGGGACCAAAAAGAAAGCCGGCUCCUCGGCGGCCAAGUCCUCCUCCGCAGAGCCGUCCCUGCUGGUCAGCUGGUUCACUCGCCUGAAACUGUUGACUCACUGAGCCCCGCGCUCCCCGGACCCUCCUCGUCUCCUGCUACCAAGUGCCUUGCUUCUGCAGUUGACCACCUGUUCUAAUUUUCGUCCACAGUGUUACGCAGUGACCUUAUGCAAUUUUGUGGGGUUUUUUUUUUUUUGAAAGUUGUAUGUUGCAUUUCUUGGAGUUUUGAAGUCAUUGGAUGGGAACAAAUCCAGAGGAUCGUAGGUGCUGCCUUGUGGAGGCAGAAGGAGAGAAGUGGGUAGCGUCUGCUGGUGUUGGCGUCCUUAAGUGUCAGAACACAGAGCCACACUCUCUAAACCGGAGCCCCGGCCAGAAUAUUGUGGUCAUUAUGGGGAACGGGGCCAUUGUUCGUUUUGGGGGUAGAACUAAGAUUGGUGGCCACUGUUACGCAGAUGUGCUGGCUUGUGGUCCAGCUUCUUCACCCGAAAAAGCCGGUGAAGAAAACAUUUUUAUUUUGACUUUUUGAGCGACAUACCACACGUGGAAGUGUAGCAGCUUUGCCUUUGAAAUAAUAAUGUGGCAAGCCUCUGCUGCCCUUUCCAAGCAGAGGUAUACGUGUAGGCCUGUUACACUGGGCUAAGGCCCUUUUCAUAACCAUCUCAGUGUAGGUCAGUUAAUCCAGAAACACGUGAACACAUUCAGAUAGGGCUUACGACACACAAAGAGGUUUAUGGUUACUUGUGAGGGAUCUCGUUUUUGUGGUGGUUAUAUAUUCUUGUCUUUAAGGGAGAAGAAGCUAUACAAUUUGCUGACAGCCAAAGCGUCAUUCCGAAAAACAAAGCAACCAUACUUGGGUUUAUGAGAGAGACAUUGAUUUGCAUUUUCACCUAUUCAAUGACGAUCUUCCAGGAAAGAACGGACAGUUCUUCAAAAUUAUACACUUUUUGCUAAUGCGAAAUCUCUUGGAAAAUCUCACGGUCACUAAUUUUCAACUAGCAUCAGGUAUUUUGGAAAAGUGUGUCUGGAUAUUAACUCUUGUUUAAACUGACUGUAUGAUAUUUUGUUAGAAUGCAAAAGUACUAUCUUGUUAAUUUAAGUGUUUUAAAUAUAGUUGUAUAUUUUUCUUACUCUUA